AUGUGUACUGGGAGUUGUGCCAAGUGCCUGGGGGGCACCCUCAUUCCCCUCGCCCUGUUUGGCUUCCUGGCUAACGUUCUGCUGUUUUUCCCUGGAGGAAAAGUGAUAGACAACAACGAUAACCUUUCCGAGGAGGUCUGGUAUUUUGGAGGAAUACUGGGUAGCGGGGUCUUGAUGAUUUUCCCUGCGCUGGUGUUCUUGGGCCUGAAGAACAAUGACUGCUGUGGGUGCUGUGGCCACCAGGGCUGUGGGAAGAGAUUUGCGAUGUUCACCUCCACAAUAUUUGCUGUGAUUGGAGUCUUGGGUGCAGGAUACUCAUUUGUCAUCUCAGCCGUGUCAAUUAAUAAGGGUCCUAAAUGUUUCAUGGUGAAUGGUACCUGGGGCUACCCUUUCAACAACGGGGAUUACCUCGGAGAUAACUCUUUAUGGAGCAAAUGCCAAGAGCCCGCUGAUGUGGUUCCCUGGAAUCUGACCCUCUUCUCCAUCCUGCUGGUCGUGGGGGGAAUCCAGGUGAUCCUCUGUGCCAUCCAGGUGGUCAACGGCCUUCUAGGGACGCUCUGUGGGGACUGCCAGUGCUGCUGUGGGGGAGAUGGACCAGUUUAA